UUGGUGCACAGCGCCACUCACACUCGCACGCAUUGUUCUGUGUCCAGCUGUGCCUUGUGCCUCUGUGGGCUGAGAUGACGACAAACCCGUGUGUGGGUGGAGAGAGAGAAAUGGAAAAAAAAGAGGGGGUCUCUGACUUCCAGAACAGGAGACUCUUCAUCACUUCACUUUAUCUCCUCGCGAGGUCAAUGUAUGGCGCCUGAGACCCUGGACCUUGCCUGGAAAACUACAAUUCCCAAGAUGCAGUGGUGCAGGUGGGCAGGCAACUGGAAAUCACACCUGCCAGGAAAGUCCUCUGGGCCGGAGCAGGACGACUCCUUCGACUUCCUCUUUAAGAUCAUCCUGGUGGGAGACUCGGACGUGGGGAAGACCUGCGUGGUCCAGAGCUUUAAGUCUGGUGUCUUCAUGGAGAAACAACAAAACACUAUCGGGGUGGACUUCACCGUACGCACCAUGGACAUUGAUGGCAGGAAGGUCAAGCUGCAGGUGUGGGACACGGCUGGACAGGAGCGUUUCCGCACAAUCACCCAGAGUUAUUACCGCAGUGCCCACGGCGCUAUAGUGGCUUAUGACAUCACACGGCGUCCAACGUUUGAAUCUGUGACACACUGGAUCCAGGAAGUGGAGCAGUACGGGGCUGCUAGCGUUGUUCUCAUCCUCAUUGGGAACAAGUCGGAUCUGCAGUCGGAGAGACAAGUGCUGUUUGAGGAUGCCUGUACUCUGGCUGAAGGGAAGGGUGCGCUGGCCGCCUUGGAAACCUCAGCCAAGGAGGCCCAGAAUGUGGAGGCAGCCUUCGUGCUAAUGGCCCGGGAGCUGAUGGUUAGGAACGGCCUGACCAUCACAGACGAACACUCACAGGCCUCCCCACACUUCCCAAACUCCCAUCCUAUCCAUGGCUCCGAUUCCACGGACAGGAAAUCAUGUUGUUGAGAGAAUUGAUGGGCAAGGUGGACAAGAGGUUGUUGGGCUGAUGGUCCUGAUAACUGUAUAAUUAACCUAGAGAUAAACUAUAAUUGUCUGGAAUCAACGUUGCCACAACACCUGCUAGUUUUAGACUGUCACAUUUAAAGGUGCUGUCAAGAAGCGUGUUGGGAUAGAGGCUAGGGGUUGGGGAUGUGUGUGUCUACUAUAUUGUGCGUUGGUGGGGACGGAAUAGAUACAAGUACUGUAGUGAUGAUUGAGACUAUCACUGCCACUGAAAAGUCCCACUCCAGCUGUAUUUUUUACUUUUCCCAUUGAAAAACAAUAUUUCAAGUAUAAAUACAGUACACACA